GGUUUUUCUGGUAUAGUAUAAAAACCGGGCCAGUGCCAAAUAUCCUUACAGUCACCUUAAGACCCGACAUCACUCAAGCAUCAUGAACUCAUUUGGCGUGGUAUUCGCCUUCGCCUUGGUCACCCUGGCCAUAGCUGAGGCACCUUCCGGCUACAGCUACAGCAGGCCAAGCGGUGGCGGCGGCGGCGGCGGCUAUUCAGGCGGCGGCGGCGGCUACUCAGGCGGCGGCGGUGGUUACUCAGGCGGCGGUGGUUUAUCAGGAGGCGGCGGCGGUUACACAGCCGUAUCGUCCGGUUACCAAACCUCAGAAGGCGCUUCCGUCGACCCAGCCCUGCUCGAACAAGUCCGUCAAAUUCUUCUUAAAGAAGAACAAAAUUCUGCAUCCAGCUCUGGAGGCGGUGGAGGCGGUUUGAGCUCCUCGUACGGAGCCCCGUCUUCGCAAUACGGAGUACCAUCUCCGCAAUACGGAGUACCCAGUUACCAGCAACGCGUUGUAGGUAUCGAUCUGGAAGGAAUCAAACAGGCCAUCCAGGUGGCUCAGUACAAUCAAAUAUCGCAAGGCGCAGGUUUCGGUGGUUAUCCAAGCGGACCUAGCAGCAGCUACGGAGCACCCUCGAGACCUUCCGGUUCUUAUGGGUCGCCCUACUAAAAUCUUAAAAAAAAAAGAACUGAUUAAGUGUACCUUUUAACAUCUCAAUACCAUCUCAACACGGGUCAUGAUGCAUCUCGAACAACGACUGUCAGCCACAACAACAUCCAUCCGAGUGAUCAUAACAUCAUCAAAUUUUUUUUUAUUGUUUUUGUAUAAAGUUUAUGUUUUUUAAAAAAAAAAAUACAUUUGUCACCGUAAUUUUUG